CCCCCUGCGUCAUGGCCAAAUUAUUUCAUCUGAAGCCCACGAAACUUGUCCCCAAUAGCGUCUAUCCUUUGAUAUAUUAUCAGUCAGCUUUUUCCGCUGGAACCUCACCAGAUGCUAUCUCUGCUCAUUUCGCAAAGCACCGCUGGGACGAGCAACACAGGGGCGGAAUGUCAUAUCAAUCCCAUUAUCAUUCAACUACGCAUGAGGUGAUGGGGGUUUACAAGGGGAAGGCUCAGCUGCAGUUUGGGAUGUCCGAUCAGGACACAGAACUGGAGCAAAGGAACAAGGUCGUUCUCGAGGUCUCCGAAGGGGAUGUGAUCAUAAUCCCGAGUGGUGUCGCCCAUCGGUGUCUCAAAGAUGACGGAGGUUUAAGCACUGUUGGAUCGUAUCCAAGAGGUGGGAAACAGUGGGAUAUGAAUUACGGAGGAGAAGGCGGGCAGAUUGAGGUAUCGGUGCCGGACAUGGACCCUUUCUACGGCAGGGAUAAGGAGGGCCUAACAGGUGUAUGGGUCCCUGAAUCUCAGUAGGGUGAACUGAACCUUGGCCAUCCAGUAUACACGAUGCUUGCUUUAGCGCAAAUGCAAAACCGAGGACGUCUUUCGAGCCUGUAACGUGAUAAAUGUACGAUAUAUUGAUGGACAAGAGUAUGAGUCCAGACGCCGUGCACGAACCUCAGUUAUGUGUGUAUUCUACUACUGAUUCUCACCGAUUCAUCAUGACCGGGCAGUGACCUUGCAUCACCGCUUGCAUGAGGAUUGCC